UAAAGAGAAGGGGAUUGAGCGAUAGUGGCUCAACUGCGAGAAUAAAAUAGAGUGGGGAUUUAAACGUCGACGAGCAAACCGUGUAAAGAGUUCUCGUACAGAGGGGUUAGUGCGAGAGAAAGAACGACACGAACUGAAACCGUUUUUCUAGAGUUAGCGGGAAGAAGACUGAAAUACACGCGGAAGAAUGAACGACAUGGAAGCCUAUGGUGAUGGAUACAUGGAGCCUGAGGAAGAGUGGGAGCGAGAAGGAUUACUUGAUCCAGCUUGGGAAAAACAACAAAAAAAAACAUUCACAGCAUGGUGCAAUUCGCAUCUUCGAAAAGCUGGUACAUCGAUAGAUUCAAUCGAAGACGAUUUCAGGAAUGGCUUAAAACUUAUGUUGUUAUUAGAAGUAAUUUCGGGUGAGACAUUACCAAGACCCGAUCGCGGAAAAAUGCGCUUCCAUAAAAUUGCCAAUGUUAAUAAAGCUUUAGAUUAUAUUGCUAGUAAAGGUGUAAAAUUAGUAUCCAUUGGAGCAGAAGAAAUCGUUGAUGGAAAUUUAAAGAUGACUUUGGGUAUGAUUUGGACGAUAAUUCUUCGUUUUGCAAUUCAGGAUAUUUCUGUAGAAGAAAUGACUGCCAAGGAAGGUUUACUAUUAUGGUGUCAACGAAAAACAGCUCCUUACAAGAAUGUCAAUGUUCAAAACUUCCAUUUAUCAUUCAAAGAUGGUCUUGCUUUUUGUGCUCUUAUUCAUCGUCAUCGUCCAGAUCUUAUUGAUUAUAAUCGAUUAAGUAAAGAUAAUCCAUUGGAGAAUCUUAAUACAGCGUUUGAUGUUGCUGAAAAGUAUCUUGAUAUCCCACGCAUGUUAGAUCCAGAUGAUUUAAUCAACACUCCUAAACCGGAUGAAAGAGCCAUCAUGACUUACGUAUCCUGCUACUACCACGCUUUUCAAGGUGCUCAGCAGGUCAACAUGCGAAGUACGGCAAUGCCGGACGAAAGAGCUGUGAUGACCUACGUUUCCUCAUACUACCAUUGUUUCAGUGGAGCACAAAAGGCUGAAACUGCAGCAAAUAGAAUUUGCAAAGUGUUGAAAGUUAAUCAAGAAAAUGAACGUUUGAUGGAAGAAUACGAAAGAUUAGCUUCUGAUCUUUUAGAAUGGAUUCGAAGAACUAUGCCUUGGUUAGCUAGUCGACAAACUGACAAUUCUCUAGCAGGUUGUCAAAAAAAACUCGAAGAAUAUAGAACUUAUCGUCGUAAACACAAGCCUCCACGUGUUGAACAAAAAGCUAAACUUGAAACAAAUUUCAAUACACUUCAAACAAAACUACGACUAAGCAAUCGACCAGCAUACAUGCCUACCGAAGGCAAAAUGGUUUCGGAUAUUAAUAAAGCUUGGAAAGGUCUUGAGUUAGCCGAAAAAGCUUUUGAAGAAUGGCUAUUGUCUGAAAUGAUGCGUUUAGAACGUUUGGAGCAUUUAGCACAAAAGUUUAAACAUAAAGCUGAUGCACAUGAAGAUUGGACAACAGGUAAAGAAGAGAUGUUAACAUCUCAGCACUUCCGUCAGUGCAAGCUCAAUGAACUUAAAGCGUUAAAGAAGAAGCAUGAAGCUUUUGAAUCUGAUCUGGCUGCCCAUCAAGAUCGUGUUGAACAAAUUGCGGCUAUUGCUCAGGAACUCAACACAUUAGAGUACCAUGACAGCGCUUCCGUAAAUAGUAGGUGCCAGCGUAUCUGUGAUCAAUGGGAUCGUUUAGGAACUUUAACACAACGUAGACGUCAAGCUCUUGAUGAAGCUGAACGAAUUCUUGAAAAAAUCGACGUACUUCAUUUAGAAUUCGCAAAACGUGCUGCGCCAUUUAAUAAUUGGUUGGAUGGAACAAGGGAAGAUUUAGUUGAUAUGUUUAUCGUUCAUACAAUGGAAGAAAUUCAAGGCUUAAUGGACGCUCAUGCGGCAUUCAAGGCUACUCUUGGUGAAGCCGAUAAAGAGUAUAACUCGAUUGUGGGUCUAGUUCGUGAAGUUGAAUCUAUUGUCAAACAAUUCCAGAUUCCUGGUGGACUUGAAAAUCCAUACACAACACUUACAGCUUUAGAUCUUACGAAAAAAUGGAGUGAUGUAAGGCAGCUAGUGCCACAACGUGAUGGUACACUUCAAGCAGAAUUACGUAAACAGCAAAAUAAUGAACUUCUCCGAAGGCAAUUUGCUGAAAAAGCUAAUGCCGUUGGACCAUGGAUUGAACGACAGCUUGAUGCAGUCACUGCUAUUGGUCUCGGACUUCAAGGUACACUUGAAGAUCAAUUACAUCGUCUCAAAGAAUAUGAACAAGCAGUUUAUCAAUACAAAGCACAUCUUGAAGAACUUGAAAAGAUUCAUCAAGCUGUUCAAGAAGGAAUGAUUUUCGAGAAUCGGUACACGCAAUACACAAUGGAAACAUUACGUGUUGGGUGGGAACAGUUAUUGACGUCUAUUAACCGUAAUAUCAAUGAAGUUGAAAACCAAAUUCUUACCCGUGAUUCCAAGGGUAUUACACAAGAACAAUUGAAUGAAUUUCGCAGUAGUUUCAAUCAUUUCGAUAAGAAUCGAACUGGUCGAUUGGCUCCUGAAGAAUUUAAAUCGUGCCUUGUAUCCCUUGGUUACUCAAUUGGUAAAGAUCGUCAAGGUGACAUUGAUUUCCAACGUAUUCUUGCAAUCGUUGAUCCUAACAGUUCAGGAUAUGUUCAAUUUGAUGCCUUCCUUGAUUUUAUGACGCGCGAAUCCACAGAUACUGACACUGCGGAACAAGUUAUUGACAGCUUCCGUAUACUUGCUGGUGACAAGCCAUACAUUUUGGCUGAUGAAUUGAGGAGAGAAUUACCACCUGAUCAAGCUGAAUACUGUAUUCAGCGAAUGCCACCUUUCAAAGGACCUAAUGCUCAGCCUGGUGCCCUUGAUUAUCGCUCAUUCUCAACGGCUCUAUAUGGGGAAUCAGAUCUUUAAAAUUUUAAUCAUUUUAAUAAUAAUAAUAAUAAUAAUAAUAAUAAUAAUAUAAUCGUAAGAUCGUUUUAUGAUCUUUGAAUGUCAGAAAUACAACAAAAUGUUUUACAACUAAUCAUUAUCCGUGACUGACAACAAGAAAUUUAUUAGAAAUGUAAAAUCAUUACAGUUUUUACCGCUUACAUGUACAUUCAAUGAAUACAAAGCUUCCAACAUACGCCCCGAAAUAAUGGUGUGAUAAACAAAACUAUAAUUAAUAUAUAUUUUUAGUCAAUAAAUAACGAGCGCUACUUUUUAAGGCAUUAAAUUUGUUUGCCAUAUAUUUUUAGCCAAUUAAUAAUCGAUUGGCUUUUAAAACUUUACUUUGAUGAAUUUUUCGUAAAAAAAAAUCUACUUGUUAUUUUUUAUUAUUAUUUUUUUUUUUUUAUUAUAGUUUUUAUUUUGAAAAUUUUUCUUUAUUUUAUUUAUUUAUUUAUUAUUAUUAUUUUUUUUCCGAUUUUUUGAAGUCUAAUAAGAAAAGUGCUUGUAGACUUGAUGAAGUAGAUAAUCGAUAAUAAUCAUUAAGAUAAUCAUGCAAACUAUAUAUGUAUAUAUAUAUAUAUAUAUAUAUAUAUAUAUAUAUAUAUAUAUAUAUAUAUAUAUAUAUAUAUAAACUAAUAUCAAACUAUUAUAAAAUAUAAUAAAUUUCACAUAUCGAUUAUCGAGAAUACAGAGCUUUUGCUCGCGAUCAAAAUACGAUAACUAUUUGACAAAAAACAAUGCGCGGCCCAACGAAGUAAACGAAUGAAUUGAAUUCAAAGAUAAAUGUAAUAACUAGCCACUAAUAAAAUGUAUUUUAUUAACCUUAUAUAUUAAGAUAAUUAGACGCACUUGAUGCGGUUACAAAAGAAGUAAAAAAAAAAAGAGAGAAACAAAUUUAUUUAUUUAUUUAUUUGUCUUAUCAAUAUAAUGAUAACGAAACGUAAUAGAGAAAAAAAUAAUUUUUUUCUCAGACUAUUUAUUUUUAUAAAUAUCUUAGAUGCAACGUCAUAACGUAUAUAUCAAUGUCAAAAUCAAAUUUUUAAAAAUUAUUAUCUUUGUACAAUAAAUGAUUUUUAAUUAAGUGAAAAAAUUAAAAAAAAAAAUUUUUCAAUUAAAUAUUUUAAAAAUAAAACCGAAUAAAAACGAAUUUAUCAUGAUAUUAAUCAUCUAUUAUGUGUAUCAUAUAUUACAAUCGAUACAAAUGAGAGUAAUAAAUUAUUUAUAUUUUGUUUGGCUUAUUUAGGCUUGACGCUUUCUUCUUAUUAUUUGAAAAAUCUUUAAUGAUAUAUAAUAAUUAUAUAUAUUAUUUUUAAUUUUAUUACGUACUAUCUUGUUCGCUUUUAUUUAAUUUAUAGGAAAAUAGGACAACGCUGAAUCAUGCGAAAAGAUUAUACCAUACAUAAAAUCUGGAAUUUUUUUUUUUUUUAAAUAUGUAUUGAAAAAUCAACCAUAACAUGCAUACGCACGCACAAUCACAUUAUUGUCAUUUAUUUAAGUGUACGAUAACAUUGUAAUUAUAUCUAACUCUAUCUCAUAUGAACAAUUAUUUUUCGUUAGGCUCAUUAAUAAACUCUAUAUCACAAAAAUAAUGCAAUAUAAGAAAAUGUCAUUGUAUUUCGAGCGAAAAAGACUUUGAGGAAUAAACGAAUAAUAAAAAAUUUAA